CCGCGCCGCAACCAGGACCGGAGCGCAGGAGCCGACGGGGCCGGGCCGGGAUGGUGCUGCGGCGGCUCCGCGGCGCACACACGCACUGAGUGGGUCCAAGCUGGGCCGCGCGCCCCCCGCGCCCCCCGCCGCCGCGAUCCCGGCCGGCAUGAUGUGCCUGGAAUGCGCCUCGGCGGCGGCGGGCGGCGCGGAGGAAGAGGAGGCGGACGCGGAGCGGCGGCGCCGGCGCCGGGGGGCGCAGCUAGGAGCUAGCGGCGGCGGUUGCUGCGGGGCGCGGACAGCGGGCGCCGCUCGAGUUGCGGCCCCCGACGAUGAGGUGCAGACGCUGUCGGGCAGCGUGAGGAGGGCCCCGUCGGGACCUCCCAGCUCCCCCAGCACCCCCAGCUGCGCAGCCGCUGCCAAGGGCCCCGGCGCGCAGCAGCCCAAACCCGCCAGCUUGGGCCGCAGGCGAGGGGCAGCCGCCGCCAUCCUCAGCUUGGGCAACGUGCUCAACUACCUGGACAGGUACACCGUAGUAGGCGUCCUUCUGGACAUCCAGCAGCACUUCGGGGUCAAGGACCGAGGAGCCGGAUUGCUGCAGUCAGUGUUCAUCUGCAGCUUCAUGGUGGCGGCCCCCAUCUUCGGCUACCUGGGCGACCGCUUCAACAGGAAGGUGAUCCUUAGCUGCGGCAUUUUCUUCUGGUCGGCCGUCACGUUCUCCAGCUCCUUCAUCUCCCAGCAGCACUUCUGGCUGCUGGUCGUGUCCCGGGGGCUGGUGGGCAUCGGGGAGGCCAGCUACUCCACCAUCGCGCCCACCAUCAUCGGCGACCUCUUCACCAAGAACACACGCACGCUCAUGCUGUCUGUCUUCUACUUUGCCAUCCCGCUGGGCAGCGGCCUGGGCUACAUCACUGGCUCCAGCGUGAAGCAGGCAGCCGGAGACUGGCACUGGGCCUUGCGGGUGUCCCCCAUCGCGGGCAUGAUCACAGGAACGCUCAUCCUCGUCCUGGUCCCAGCCACGAAGAGAGGCCAUGCCGACCAGCUCGGGGGGCAGCUCAAGGCACGGACCUCGUGGCUCCGAGACAUGAAGGCCCUGAUCCGCAACCGCAGCUACGUCUUCUCCUCCCUGGCCACGUCGGCCGUGUCCUUCGCCACAGGGGCCCUGGGCAUGUGGAUCCCGCUGUACCUGUACCGCGCCCAAGUCGUGCAGAGGACGGCGGAGGCGUGCAGCAGCCCGCCCUGUGGGGCCAAGGACAGCCUCAUCUUUGGGGCCAUCACCUGCUUCACGGGCUUUCUGGGUGUGGUCACGGGGGCAGGAGCCACUCGCUGGUGCCGCCUGCGGACCCAGCGAGCCGACCCGCUGGUGUGUGCUGUGGGCAUGCUGGGCUCUGCCAUCUUCAUCUGCCUCAUCUUCGUGGCCGCCAAGAGCAGCAUCGUGGGGGCCUAUAUCUGCAUCUUUGUCGGGGAGACGCUGCUGUUUUCUAACUGGGCCAUCACCGCAGACAUCCUCAUGUACGUGGUCAUCCCCACGAGACGGGCCACCGCCGUGGCCCUGCAGAGCUUCACCUCUCACCUGCUGGGGGAUGCUGGCAGCCCCUACCUCAUCGGCUUUAUCUCCGACCUGAUCCGCCAGAGCACCAAGGACUCCCCGCUCUGGGAGUUCCUGAGCCUGGGCUACGCCCUCAUGCUCUGCCCCUUCGUCGUGGUCCUGGGUGGCAUGUUCUUCCUAGCCACUGCCAUCUUCUUCCUCAGUGACCGUGCCAAGGCCGAGCAGCAGGCGAACGAGCUGGUGAUGCCACCCGCAUCCAUGAAGGUCUGAGGCGGUGCCUCUGGAACUAUGAAGAAUGCUCGCUCCCGCCUCGUCUGGGAAGUGUCCUUCAGCAUCCCAGUCCUGCUGGGCUGUCCAGCUUUCCACGUGACCCCCGGCAGGACGCCCAUCUCUGGUCUGGGACAGCCGAGUGGCCAUGGCUCCAAGAGGCUGUGUCCUCAACUAACCUGGAAGGCUGUGUGUGCUGGGGCCACGUGGUCAGACAGACCCCCAGCCCUGGGUUUGGACUGCAGGGCCGCUGGGACCCAGGGAGAAGACAGCCCCCAGUGAGUGUGUGGAGAGAGCCUGGCCUGUCACCAGCUUAUAUGAUCCUGGGCCAGUCCCUGACCUCCGCAGACCGCGGGGCCAGCGAGUCAGACUUUGCAGUGCAGCUGGCCGGGCAAGGCACCACCGGCAGCUCUGAAGACCCAGCGGCUCCCGGACUGCGCAGACAGCUUGUCCAGGCCUCAGGGUGGCCCUUCAGGCCCUGAGGCUCCCUGGUGUGUGAGGACCAUAGCCUUUCAGCUAGGCCUCUGGACUCAGCCUGGCAAAGCUGGGCAGCUGUCGCGGAGAACUUCCUAGCCUGGCGGGUCACUCUAGAGGGCACUUGUCUCUGUGGCUUUGGCCGGGCUUAGCCUGGGUCUCUCAGGUGGGGACCAGCCCAACAAGUAGCUGGUAUCACCAGGGGUGAAGGCCCUGGUGGUUGCUACAAGCCACCCGUGGCCCAGGUCUGAGAUCACUGGGGUUGCCCACCACACAGGGCUCCUUGAAGCCCCUGGAAAACCUGUUCAUCUCCUGAACACCCCCACAGGAGCCAGACCCACUCUUGCCCCACACUGGGCUCUUUCCAGGGGCAGGGCCCUGGGCUCUGACAGCCAGAGGAAGCAGCCUUCCACUCAGCUUCCUGACCCAGGGAGUAGCCUGGUGGAGGCUGACAUCCCAGAACCAUCUCCAUCGACGUCAGCUGCUGCCGCUCACGUGCACUUCCACAGCCCUCUACUGCCCCCAGCCGCUGGCCACCCCUGUGGUCCUGUCUGCAUCCCACCCUCAUAGCCACAUGCAGGGUGCAGCUGCCAAAUGUCACCCGAGCCCUGGUCCCCAGCGUGCAGCUUCUCCCGUCCGCUCUGCUCCACUCCCUCCCUGCACACGUGCGGGGCCUUGUGGCCAGGCGCCCCUCUGAGCCAGCCUAGACAAUGCUCGCUGCCCUGUAGUUACUGGCUGGUGUGGCUUCAGUGGUGUGGAAGCUACUGGAAAACCCACUCCCCGCCAUGCUCUGGGGCACCCUGGGGGCCUAGAAAGGGGGUGGGAUCCCCAAAGACCAGCCUGGCCUCCACCCCCACCCCAGGCUCAACUGGGGCCCCAGCAAUGUUUUCUUGUUGUACAAGAACCAGGUCCAAGUGUUGCCUCCUCUUCCUUCCGGAAGCCAAACUGCUCCUUUAUUUUUUAGAGCUGCUGAUUGUGAAUCUCAGAGUCUUAAGAGAAGCCAAAUAUAUUCCUCUUGUAAAUGAAGAAAUAAACCUAUUUAAAUCA